AUGGACAUUUACGAAGGUGAGUUAUCGCGUAUAAAACACAAAACAGACUUAUUGGAAAAUAUCCAGCCUUAUAUUUACGAGAACCAUUCAUUGCAUUUAUGCAUUUAUGAAGUAGAUUGUGGAUAUGAUGAAUUUUGCGAAGAUUGUGGUAAAUAUAAAUAUAAAUAUGAAUGUUCUCAUGGUGACUAUAACUGGGAUCGUAACAAUGGUGAGGAUUAUGAGCAUGUCCGGAGUUAUAGGUUCAAACAGAUUCCAUAUUGUAAACUUAAUAAUUUUGUAAAAAUUGGAGAAGGAGGAUUUGCAACUGUAUACAAGGCAACUUGGUUUGAUGAUGCUACGUGGCAGAUUGAAGAUGAUGUAGAAAUAGUGGGACCUAGGACAGUUGCACUGAAGGUAUUUAAUGAUCCAUAUGAUUCAAAUAAAGCUUGGAAUGAGGUGCACGUUUAUCGCGAAGUUGGAUUAAAUGAUGUACAAUUUUCCAUGUAUGGAGCAUCAGAUCCAGAGAUUAAAUUAGAAG